GGACGUUCUGUCCUCUCUUCUAGACUUGAGCAUGCUCCAGGGUCGUAAGGAGCGACCCACCCUCCCUGUCGCUGCACUGUGUCGCCUUCUCACCAUCCUCUCCGACCCUGAUCACACCCUCCUGAUCAUCCCAGUACGACUGGGGACCUCCACAAGGGUGUACUUAAUGAUGUGGGAUUCCGGUUCUCAGGGCGACUUCAUUCACCCACGUGUGGUGAAAGAAGCCCGCUUACCCACGACAGGGUCUCCGACUCCCAUCUCUGUCACCCUAGGGGACGACAAGACCCAGCGCUUCUUCAAUCAGACGGUCACCGACCUCCCCUUCUUCCUCACUCUCGAGCCGACUGAUCGUUCCCCGGCGUCUCGUCGCCACCGCUCCUCUGCACAUUUCGAUGUGAUGGAGACGGGGUACGACUUCACUCUCGGCAGUCCGUGGUCUCGUCGGUUCCGCAGCACUGAGGCCGAUUGUGCGACCAACACUCUCGUUCUCAAAACUAAGUGUGGACAGACGUAUCGCGUACCUUUCAUAGGUACCACUGCGACACCAAGCCCCGAUCCUCCUCCCCCGGAGCCUUCUGUGCCCACACCACCUCCUUCUAUCACUGUCACCUCGCCUCGGCAGUUCGCUCACUUCAUCCGACAGGACGACGUCACCUUCUUUAUGGUGAACGUGACGGAUCUCUUACACUAUGAUCCACCCUGUCCCGACGCUGAGAUCAUCCCUCUGGAGCCAGAUCCUCCUUCUAUCUCCAUGGCUCCCAUCUCUAUUUCCCACCCUCCGCCGUCCGUCGAGUCCACCCCGCCGUCGCUCGCUGACGCUGACGCAGAGGAACUCGCACGAUAUACGGCUGACCUGGAGCCCGCAGUUCGUGACCUCAUUCAAGAGUACCGCGACGUUUUUCCAUCGUCGUUCUCAUAUGCCGGCAUCCCAUCGAUGCGCGACGUCGAACAUUCCAUCCAGCUCGUGCCUGACUAUCGUGUUCACCACCAGGCACCCUACAGACUCUCGAUCCUCGAGGCCACCRAACUCAAGCGUCAGCUUGAGGAGCUCCUGAGACUGGGUUUCAUUAAACCCAGCAACUCCCCGUGGGGUGCACCCGUCCUCUUUGCUCGCAAAGCGGAUGGAACUCCCCGUCUCUUCAUCGACUAUCGAGGUCUCAAUGGCUACAUGGUCAAGAACAACUACCCCAUGCCUCGUUCUGACGAGCUGUUCGACCGCCUAGCAGGCAACCGCUUCUUUACGAAGAUUGAUCUUCAUAGCGGUUACCAUCAGAUCCGCGUCGCUGCAACCGACCAGCCGAAGACAGCGUUCCGAUCGCGCUUCGGCCACCACGAGUUUACGGUGAUGCCAUUCAGCCUCACCAAUGCACCCGCUACCUUCCAGAGGGCGAUGAAUGACAUCUUCAGGGACACCCUGGAGCAGUACGUUCUCAUCUACCUCGACGAUAUCCUGGUCUACAAUCGUACCCUUGAGGAGCACCUCAGACACCUCCCCGACGUCGUUGACCGCUUGUGCAGACAUGACUUUUACGCCAAGUUGAGCAAGUGCUGCUUUGCCCAGCACAAAGUGGAUUUCUUAGGACACAAUGUGUCUGACCAGGGUCUCCACAUGGACGACGCGAAGAUCACUGCUAUUGCGGAGUGGCCCGUCCCCACAUCCGCCAAGCAGCUUCGCAACUUCCUAGGCCUUACCAGCUCUUAUAGUAGUAAUUUCAUCCAGGGAUACGCUAGUGCACGUGAGGUCGCUGACAUUGUGUUUGACCGAGUCGUGCGUGACCACGGCUUACCUCUGAGCAUCAUAUCUGACCGUGACCCGCGCUUUACCAGCCGAUUCCGGCGACGUCUCCACGAGGUGUACGGCACCCAGCUCCGCUUCUCCUCGUCUUACCAUCCUCAGACUGAUGGUCAGACCGAGAUCACGAACAUGACUCUUGGUGAUAUUCUCCGAAAGAUUGUUCGUGACGACCAGCAGUGGGAUCUUCAUCUUGCCCACGCAGAGAUAGCCUACAACCAUGCCGUCUUGCCAACCACGGGGAUGUCGCCCUACUAUUGCGAUCUCGACUAUCACCCUCGUGUUCCCGCGGACUUCCUUCGACCGUCACAGAUGCACCCCGACACGAGUUGUCCCGCGCUAGAUGAUUGGGUUGCACACAUGACGUCGAUCAUGAAGACCGCACAUGACACAUAGCCGUCUCCCAGACUCGCAUGGCAGCACUUGCG